AUGUCCGUCGUCCUUCCUGGCGAGGAAGUCCCAGCCCAGCACGUUAACCUCAAACUCGGGCCAGGUUUACUGCAAGUACCUGGCGCUGGUUCGAUCAUUUCAACGAGAGCCGGCAUUCUAAAUCAUUCUGCAAAUCGAAGCAAAUGGUGGGUUGAGAGCAACUCGAAACGUUACGUUCCUGCACCUCAGGAGUCGGUUGUAGGGGUGAUUACACAGAGGUUGGGAGAAGGAUACCGUGUUGAUAUCGGGGCGGCCCACUAUGCAUCCCUCGACUCCCUGGCAUUUGAAGGUGCCUCAAAGCGCAAUAAACCUAAUCUCAAGGUGGGAUGUCUCGUAUAUGCUCGCGUUUCUCUAGCGCAUAAGGAUAUGGAACCAGAAUUAGAGUGUUUCGAUGCCCAGACGCGAAAAUCGGAAGGGUUUGGGGAACUAAAAGGCGGCUUUGUAGUUCGUUGCGGCCUCAAGAUGUGCCUCGACCUGUUAGAUACAAAGCAUUUCCUACUGCCUCUACUGGGUGGUCGCUUUCCGCUCGAGGUAGCAGUGGGGUUGAAUGGACGCGUGUGGGUGAAUGCGAAGGAGAUCAAGCAGGUAAUUGCUAUCGUGAGGUGUAUUGAAGCUGUCGAUCCCGACGGUGGUGGACUGGAUGCCAAGGGGGUCAAAACGUUGUUGGAUACAUUGGACGUGUAACUAUGUAAGGGUAUCUUUAUUGUAAUGUGUACACUAGUACUACACAGAAUACACUGAAACUACUGC